UCCUCAAAGUAGAAAGUCAUUCAGGCCCCGGUGAAUGGAGUGUGUCUAAGCAGAGACCCUGGGAGGACUUAACUGGCAGCACGAAAAAUAUGAGAGCCUUGCAAUGUGCCCUGGUGGGCGCCGUCCUGACCCUGCUGAUCUUCACUGACCUCAGUCAUGAAGAAUCCUACUUUGGGGACAGCUUCUGCAGCAUCCAAACCUUCCAAGAUGUCUCCAGGUUCCACGUGACGCUACAGUUGAAGACGAGUCGGAGAAGUGGGCUGCUGCUCCUGGCUGCUGGAAUGGAGGAUUAUCUGUUCAUUGAGCUGCUAAAUGGCAAAAUACAGGCUCGUAUGAACAUGGGCGCAGGCGAGGUGAUCCUGUCAUCAUCGCAAGGUGUCCCACUGAAUAACCUUCUGGAGCACAAAGUUUCACUCACAAUGCAGGAUGACAAGCUCACCAUGACGAUCGACGACUUCGUCUCCACCUAUGUCCCUCUUAACGACGACGGGGAGGAACUGAAUAUCGACCAGGGCAUUUGGCUGGGAGGAACCGGAGAUCUUGACACCCCCUACCUCAGCAAUGCUAUCCCGCCUUUCCGUGGCUGCAUGAGCAACGUCAAAUUCGAGUCCCAUGAGUUUGAUAUUCUCGGCACGCUCUUCAAACAAUGCCAUGACACAAAGGAAUCUUGCAGCAGUGAGUUUGAAGCAGGCGACGGGGAGGCGACCAGUUUCAGCACUCCGGAUUCGUUUGUCUCCUUCCCCACCUGGAGUGGGGCUAGCGGAGCUCCAAGAGUUUUGGAAUUCCUCAUGAAAACCACCAUCGAGGAUGCCCUUCUUGCCUUUCACCCGGGGAGAGAUACGGACUUCAUCGCUAUCGGUGUCGUGAAAGGCUACCUUAAAGGUGUGCUGGAUUACGGCAAGGGCAUGGAGGUGCUGGAGAACAACGAGGUGCAGCUGGAUGAUGAUCAAUGGCAUCGAGUUAAGGUCCAGGUCAGUCAGGAUUCGUUUGACAUCAACAUAGACAGCCAGGUCGUCUCCCUUCCUCUCGACUCGACUCAAAGCCUGGACUUGGUGGGGAACUUGUAUUUAGGAGGCAUUCAGGCUAAAAUGAAGGAUGUUUUUCGCGAGAGUGACUUAUUAAAUCGCGCGGAAGAAGAGAUGACUGCCGAGUCUUUUAUUGGAUGCUUUGGGGAGAUCAAAGUUAAUCAGAAGGAUCGAAGCCUACAGGACGCUCUAGUGACCAAAGACGUUCACGUCAAGUGUGAAGGCGAGGACUAUGACUAUUCUACUUACUACGACGUGGACGCAACAACGACCUCCCCGCCGCCUAGUACGCAGUACGUCGAUAUUGAAACGACUGAAACGCAUUGCUACCCAACGGACGACACGCCAGCUAUCUUCAAAAACGUGACCAAGCUCCUUGAUGUAUUCCCACUGCUCGUGCCAGAAGCCGGAGAGGUGUUCCUUGAUAUUGACCACCUGCGCCCGACCUUUGACCUUAGCGCUGCAGGUAUGCGUCAGUCCCAGAUCAUCUUUUCUCUCAAGAGCGACCCGUGGUAUGGCCUGCUCGACAUGGACAUCAGCACAAAACGCACAAAAAAGUUCACUCUUUUGGACGUCGUCAACCAGAAAAUCAAGUAUAUGCACGAUGGACAUGAAAGACACGCAGAUCAGAUUCACCUCGACGUGGUUGCUAGCAGUAACGGCGACCUCCCCGAAUGUCUUAAAACACCUCAAAGUUACAUGCUACCCGUUACAAUCGUCCCUACUGAAGACAUUCCACAACUGAGCGGAGAAGAAAUCCCCAUCACAGAAAAUGGCAAGACUCGCUUGAGCCCCGGUCUCCUCAAAAUCCGAGAGUCCGACGCCCGUUGUGACAACUUGGUGGUAACUGUGACGUCUGAGAUUCCCGUUGAGAGUGGCUUCCUUGAAAAAAGUCAGGAACUAGAGCGAAGCAUCUCAGAGUUUACCUGCAGAGAUCUAAAGGAAGGCAAUAUCUACUAUGUGCACAAAGGGGGGCAAGUCAAUGAAAUUACCUUGGAAGUGUCAGAUGGUCAAUCUGCCAGUCACUCUGCGUCUUUCAAGUUGGUUCUCACACAGCCUCAUGUAACAGUUGUGACCAACACUGGACUUCUCCUGGCUCAAGGCAGCAACGCUUCCAUCGGCGUUCACAAUUUGGCGGUCCUCUCGCACCCUCGCCAUGGCGAUGUCAUUUAUAACAUCACCCAGCCACUUGUCUACGGGGAACUGAAGAUCAUGAUGACUGAUGGGAUGUCAAAACCAGUCUCCGAGUUCCAUCAGUCCGACCUGGAUAAAAACUACCUGAGGUACUUCAGCACCGAUUCCAGUGACCAAGAAGACGUCGUCGUUGAACGGAUUCAGUUUGACACGCACUUGGGAACGUACUCCCUCAGGAAUAACACCUUUUUAGUUAAGAUCAUGCCUUCGCCAGUCAAAGUCUCCACCCUGGUGCCAAUGGAGAUGCAGGCCGGUGAAGAUCUAGUCAUCGGACACACGGAGCUUCAAGCUGAAGUGACAGGGAGAAACCCAGACCCCGAAAGUGUCAAGUAUAUUCUCGUCAAGCCUCCGACCCUGGGUAGUCUCCAGUUACUGGACACAGAGUUAAACGAAGGUGACACCUUCACCCAGAGAGAUAUUUUGGACAAUUUUAUCAGCUACAGAGUCUUUUCGCGAAAAGCCGUUGAUGCUACUGAUCAAUUCCAGUUCAAAGUCUUCGCCGAGGAUCAGUACUCGCCUUUAUACACAUUCCAAAUUAGCAUCCUUGCUGAUUCCGACGCCCCGGUUCUGACCAACGAGGUGCUAAUCGUCCAAAAUGGCGGCGAGGAGGUUUUAAACAAAAACUACCUUUGGGUGGAAUCGACCGGCUCUUCGGAUUUCAUGUUCCAGAUCAAUGAAGAGCCGAAGCACGGGCGACUCAUAAGGGACUCCCCUCCGGGGCAGCCUCGAUUUGAGGGAGCCAUUCGAGUGUUCAGUAAUGAAGACCUCCAACUUGACAGACUCAUAUACCAGCACGAUGGGUCGAGCACAGAUCAGGACGAAUUCCACUUCACAGUGUUCGAUCAGGGAUCAGACAGGUUUGGAGUUCAGGAAGCGAUACGAGAUGUUUUCAGGAUAUCUAUCCAAAUCAAGAACCAACACUCUCUACUGCAGGUUGUGGAUAAAGUUUUCAACGUCGUCCGCCAUGGGCAGCGGCUGCUAACGACGGACGAUAUCCAGUUCAUGGAUGCCUACUUAGGCUUCAAUGAUUCCCAGAUUGCCUACGCUCGCGAGGGGAUCCUUUCCGGCAAUAUUGUGGCCGCACAGAAUCCCUCACAAUCCCUUUACCGUUUCACUCAAGCCGACCUGAGAGAUAAAAAAGUUCUCUUUGUUCACCAAGGGGCGGAUCAGGAACGCUUCCCGCUGCAGGUGUCUAACGGCUUUCAAAAAACAACCGUUCUGCUGCAGAUUCAAGCCGGCGAAGCCUACCUGAACGUGGCGAACAAUAUGGUCGUCGUCAUUGACCACGGAAGCACCAAGACACUUGACACCACCUUGCUAAGCGCCACGUCCAACAUGGACAUAAGGGAUGAGCGUGAGAUUAAAUUUGAGGUGACGUCACCUCCCAGUGAGGGCAGGAUUAUUGUAAGUGGGAUCGAAUCACAAGAAUUCACCCAGGAGGACCUGAAAAAGGGUGUCGUUUCUUAUGAGCAUAAUUACGAGAGCCUGAAGUCCAAAGACGCCUUUGGCUUCACGGUCCGAGCAAGAGGACAUUCCGAGGAGGACACGUUCAGAAUUAAAAUAAUCAAACAAGGUUCUCUGCCCGAGCCUGAAGUCGUAACCAACGCAGUCAUCGUUUCCUACGAGGGCGAGCACACUGUCGUCAACUCUGAUUUUCUCAAGGUGGAGCAAGCUAACAUUGGGCCUGCAGAAAUAGUGUUCACCAUCAAGGAAGCGCCUCGCCUCGGUCAUGUGGUCAAGCUGUCCAACGGCACAGACUCGCCAGUCCUCGACUAUAUUCAGUCGUUUACGCAGGAGGACGUUGAUCACGGGCGCAUCCUCUAUGUUUCUGCAUCGGUCCAGGGUGUGGACGCCUUGACCUUGGAUGUCAGCAAUGGUCUCACCACAGUGGAGGACCUGCGCAUGAAGGUGAACAUCGUACCUCGAAUCAUCCCCAUCCAGUCCCUCAACCUUACCGUGAAGGAAGGCUUCAGCAAGGUCGUCAACGACAAAGUCAUCAACAUCUCGCACCCCUUCUACACGUCCUUCAACAUCGAGUUUGUCGUGGAGGAACCGCCAAAGCACGGGGAGAUCCGUUUCCAAGAUGGAGAUGAGCUGACUUAUUUCACAUGGGAAGAGAUCAAAAAGGGCCAGAUCUACUACGUGCACGACAGCACCGAGAGCACCGUGGACAACUUCACCGUCUCCGCCUCGGCUUAUGAGAUUGACCGCCGCAGCCUCGCUGUCACCGUAGCCGUCAACAUCCGGCCCAUGAACGACGAGCCUCCCAUAGUGACGCGCAACACCGGGCUGGAGGUCCUCGCCGGUGAGGAGGCAGACAUCACGUCCAGCAUGCUGAAAACUGAAGACGGCGACACUGCUGCCGAGGACAUCUAUUACACCGUGGAUACGGCCACCAGCGGAAGGGUGGCCUUCAAAGACUUCCCCGAUGAGACCGCCGUCAAUUUCACACAGACCCAAAUUGAUAACGGGGAAAUCAGCUUCAUUCACGAGGGUGACGACUCGCGCCCAACUGAAUAUUCUGAUCCAUUCGUACACAUUCCUGUAUUUCAAUCUCAGCCUUGUGUGUCUCCAGGUGAACAGUCCGGUGGUUUCAGCUUCACCGUGUCGGACGGCCAACACACGUCUCCACUCCACACAUUUGUGGUCACAGCCAGGCCGCUCACCAUCACCAUGGUAACCCAAGAGGAGCUCAUGGUGUUUCCAGGAACGAGACAGCCUAUCACGAGUGCCAAUCUGGGUGCAGUGACUAACGAGGACGGAAACGAGAUCAUCUAUUCUUUGCUCCAGCCUCCUCGUUUGGGAAGACUCAUCCUGGCUAACGACAAGAACCAAAUGGAGGAAAUCAACCGCUUCUCCCAAACUCAGUUGGAAUCUGGAACGGUCUUCUAUGAGCACCAGCUGCCCGAGAAGCCCUUCUGGGUGGUGAGGGACUCUGUGGAGCUCGUUAUGUCCUCCCACCCUGCCCCGGAUGUCCGUGACGUGCUACCCAUCACCAUCUCCUACUACGCAACGCAUAGCAACAUUUCCUCACAGAUGUGGAGAAACAAAGGUCUGGAAAUCGUGCAAGGCCAGAGGAAAACAAUCGAUGAUUCCAUCUUUGACGCUUCCAACCUCCAGGCCAGCCUUCCUGAGCCAGAGAGUGCAGAUGUGGUCUUUGAGAUCAAACGUUUCCCCAAUCAUGGACGCAUCACCCUGGGAGGUCGGGACAUACCCCGGGAUUCACCUUACUUCACGCAGAGGGAUGUGACCCGCAGAGAGCUGGAAUAUCUUCAUGAUGACUCAGCAGCUUCUUCAGAUAGCUUUUCCUUCAGGGCCCGCCUGAGGAGUCGGGCUGACGGUGUGACAUCCGACGCUGUGGUCCUAGAGGAGAUUUUUAAUGUUUCCAUCAAACGACGGGGAUCGGAACCCCCUGAGCUCGUCACCAUUGACCAGCUGCUGGAGGUUCUACAAGGGUCUAUGAUCAUAGUCACCCAGAAGCAUCUGAGCACCCAGGAUGAAGACAGCCCCCCAGAUGAAGUCAAUUUUAAGGUUACCAAACCCCCAAGAAACGGGCACCUGGUUGACGCCCGCACCAUGGACAUCCUCUCUGAAUUCACCCAAGAGAUGAUCAACAACGAGCAGGUGGGCUUUCACAGCGACGGCAGCCUCGCAAACGGCUUUGUGGAAUUUAUCGUGUCCGACGGGGAACAUCAGACAGAGCCACAGACUCUUCACAUCGGAAUCCUCGCUCGCACACUCAUGCUGGACAAAGCCCCGGAGAUCAAGGUGAAGCAGGGCGACGACGAGACUCUGGUGACUGAGGAGAUGCUGAGAGCCACCACCGGUGGUCCCGUGGAGGAAGACGUCCUCUACAAGAUCACAAGCGUUCCGAAGUACGCGGCAGUCAUGGUCGACCGGCAACCCACGUCAGCCUUCACCCAGACACAGAUCAAGGAAGGAAGAGUCAGCGUACGCUUCGUCAAGUCCACUUCGCCCCGCGACAGCGUUGCCUUUGUCGCUCGGAGUCGGGCGGCCAAUGCGUCAUCAGUCCUCAACAUCACGGUGCAACCCUUGGCCAAGAUUGCCCAGGAUCCCCUACUACCGCAAGACUCUCUUGUUCAGGUGGACGGGAAGCUUUUGGACGCAACGGCCUUGGCCAACAAGACCAGGACCUCCCCUACGUUCACGGUCAUCCAGCAGCCGCGGGGCGCUCGAUUCGUCAGGUCUGGCGGUCCCGGCGCAGGCCAGCCCCUGGACUCGUUCAGCCAGCGGGACCUGGAUGAAGGGCGCGUUGCUAUGGAAAUUCCAAAAAGUUCCUCCGGGUCCCAAGAUGGGCUCACUCAGGAUGAGGCCCGCUUCUUACUCAAGGCUCAUGGGGUGCCGCCGGCGGAGUGCGUGCUUUCCUUCCAAACGGGCCCUUACAAUGCCUCAGGUGUCUACCCUGCCACUCUACUGAGGGUCCCUUCAGAGACCCCAACAAAGGACGGAAAGGACAAACCCAACCUGGUCGCGUACCCCUUUCCAACCACCGAAAACCCUCGCUGGAAAGCCAACCGGGACCAAGCCCAUUGGGACGGCCAUACCACGGCAGCGCCGUCCGACAGCGGCUCUCACAGGAACCCCGUUGUUUCUCGACGCGGCAACAUCUGGUCCAUUCUCAUCCCCAUCCUGGUCAUUCUCAUCCUCCUGCUCCUGGCAGCUCUCUUGGCAUACUACCUGGUCCGUAAAAAUAAGACUGGCAAGCACAACGUCCAGACGGCGGCGGCGGCCAAGCCGAAAAACGGCGAGGUUGCCGGCACCGAAACCUUUCGCAAAACAGAUCCGGCAAAUAUCCCCAUGUCCAACAUGGACAAGGAGGCCGACCCAGAGCUGGUGCAGGACUGCCGGACGACAACACCGGUCUUGAAAAAGAACCAGUACUGGGUUUGAGACUCUUAUAACACCCCCCCCCCCCCUUCCCGACCAGCACCACCCUUGCCCCAGUCAGAGGUGGACCCUCAAGCGUUUGGAGCACUCCAAAUCUUCUCAGUAUUAAAGACUUCACUUGUCGCCACAGCAGUUUGAUGGAUUUUUCUUCUUGGACGCAAACAGUCGCAUACUUCUCGAGACUCAACUGUGGACUGAUUCUCAGGCAACAAAACACUGAAUCGUUUUUUGGCAAGGCGAGAGGUGGUUUCUUAUCUUCCAAUGCCAUGUACUAUAUUUAUUCUAUCAUUCCUUCAAGGGCACAAGUGACAUAAACAUGAUCCGUGUUUGCAAAGAAAGAAAAUAUUCUCGUGUGCUCGACCAUUUUCAAUCAAAGGCUCGCAUUACUUGUUCACAGUUUUGAUCGUCGAUUCGCUUUCAGCUCAUGAGCUGAGCCGUUUCGUUCACAUAGGGUAAAUGACGUAAACACAUUUAGGUCCACAGCGACUGUUUUUGUUAUUCUUGCCUUUAGACAUCCCCAAAAUGAGUUUUUGUUCCUGUGUAAACUUCCAACUAGAGGUUUUAGUUGUUGUUUUUUAAUGGUCUGUUGUCCAGGCGAUUUCAAACUGCUUUUUGUCUCUUCUGUGCUUUCUCGUUUGUUUGUCCCCGCCCCCUCACCCCAGCCCCGCUCCCUCACCCCACCCCACCCCACUGUUUCUCAGGGCUAAAGUCAUUUAAACAUCAUCACUAGUAACAUUUUAGCAGCUUGUCUAUUUAGAGGUAGAGGAUUUGGUACUAAAAAAAAAAAAAAACCUAAACUUUCCAACUUGAAUUUAGCUCCGAGGUUUGGCAACACGCAAAACGGA